AUGAGGCUUCCGGGCAUCACAUACUCCUCUAUGCAAUCUGAAACGGCGAGUUCUCGGCCUACUACACAUAUGAUGGGAGGUGGAAUGAGUCAGGACGGUGUGUUUUCGAAUUUGAACGCCAAGCCCGAGACAAGGCGCUCUGCGGUCGACCCCCAUGACCGUGGCGAUGAUGAUGACCUAGCUGAUGAUACUCCCCCACCGACGUAUGAAGUGGCAGCUGCAGAUGCAGCUCCUACGUACUGGGAAAGUAACGUGUUUGGCGGGUCUUCAUUGGCGGAUUCGGAAGGUGUCUGGUCUGAAAAUAGUGCUUACGUGGGUGAAGUGUCAGACAUGCUACAAGACGGAAUGAUGGUUGGGACCAUUUUUGCAUUUCUUUGGAAUCUAUUUGUGAGCACUUCGUUUCAAUUUAUUGGCUUCGUCCUCACUUUUCUCCUUCAUUCUACUCAUGCGGCCAAGUUCGGGAGCCGUGCAGGCCUUGGAAUUUCUCUCCUGCAAUAUGGGUACGACCUGCGUCUAACAGUACAGUCAUCUUUGGAAUCUGUUUCAUCCCAGGAAAAUGGUAACGAUGACAAUAAUGAAGACAAUAUGCCUUCAUCAGGUGCCAUUCAAAGAUCGAAUAUUGGCUGUGAUCUUGUGAUGGCGUUAGGGAUCUUUCUAUUUCUUGACGCGAUUAUCAAGUUUUAUCUUUUGUAUCGCAAGAGCAGCAAAAUUGUGGCCGAAUCCCGUCGACAAGAACGAGAAACUGUAACAUUGACAAAUGAUAAUAAUUCACCCGCAUCAGAAGAACCCGUGCCAUUUGUUGCCCGAUUUGCCAGCUGGAUCCGUUCAGGCCCAAUAGCCUUGAUCUCGGAGACUGUUGGUAAUAUACAGCGGUCUGUCUCGCAUGACAUUAGCGUGUUUAUGGGUGAUCAUGGCGCGCAUUCGGCUGAAGAUUAUGUGAUACGACCCGGUUACGGCUUUGAUAACUACCCGAUCAUCUUCUCAUUGCGGGAUAGCGCACUGCAUGCGAACAUGAACGAAGAAGAGUUUGCACACCAUCUUGGCCUUACAGAUCCAUUUACUGGGCGUGUGCAGUCUUUCGCCGGAAAUGAGCCAGCUCAUGAACUGCGUUCUGUGCGUUUCAUGUAA